UCAAAGAAGGCGGCAGGCAAUAACCGAGUCCUUCCUCUCUGUGUUUUGUGGUUUCUUGCAGAUUCUUUCUGAAGUUCUUCCUCAAGUGUAACCAGAACUGUUUGAAAAAUGCGGGGAACCCCAGAGACAUGCGACGGUUUCAGGUGGUGGUGUCCACUACGGUCAACGUUGAUGGCCAUGUCCUCGCCGUGUCAGACAACAUGUUUGUCCACAACAACUCCAAACAUGGCCGCCGCGCUCGACGCCUAGACCCGUCUGAAGCUGCUACACCCUGCAUCAAAGCCAUCAGCCCCAGCGAGGGCUGGACCACUGGGGGGGCCACCGUCAUCAUCAUCGGGGACAACUUCUUCGACGGGCUCCAGGUGGUCUUCGGCACGAUGCUGGUCUGGAGCGAGUUGAUCACCCCUCAUGCCAUCCGGGUGCAGACCCCUCCCCGGCACAUCCCCGGCGUGGUGGAGGUCACACUGUCCUACAAAUCCAAACAGUUCUGCAAAGGAGCACCCGGCCGCUUCGUCUACACAGCGCUGAAUGAGCCCACCAUCGACUACGGCUUCCAGAGGUUACAGAAGGUCAUCCCCCGCCACCCCGGCGACCCUGAGCGGUUACCCAAGGUCAGUGUCCACUUGACCCUCGACAGAG